GAACUGAAUUGUAAAGGAUGCUGUGUUUUGGCCUGAUGACCUGGUAUGAGACCACCCAUCAAUGAAGUGAACCUCUCUGCCCUUAAAUUCAUGCGACCAACGUCUUGGACCAGAUGCUUGUGAAAACAGAGUUGUGUGCAUAUGGUACUGAUACUGAGCCAAGUAGCUUGUUUCACUGCGAUUAGAGAGGCACGGCCUAACAAGAGCUGCGACAUGCAGGACGGGCAGGUUUCCCUACCUUCCACCAUCAAUGCCUUCACUUUCCCAGCCAAACUCUGGCGUAUGGUCAACAAUCCCAAGUCCAACGCCGUGCGCUGGUCAGACUCCGGCGAUGUCAUCUUCAUUGAUCGGCAGAUCUUUGAGACGCAGAUCCUGGCUCGCCAGAGCAAACCAUCCGAAAACCUGGACACCUUCAGGGCCAAGCACUUCACCAGCUUCAUCCGGCAGCUCAAUCUCUACGGCUUCAGCAGGGCCAGCUGGGUCAUGAGGGAAGAGGGCGUUCCUUACCCAUUUUUCCACCCCAACUUCAAACGUGGCCAGCCCGAGCUGCUGAAGAACCUGGAGAGGCGCACGGUGAAGAACAAGAACAAGUGGAAGGCGGGUUUGAGUGCACCAUCCAAGCUACGAGGGCGACCAAGGAGAAAGUAUGAGCUUGGUACCGUCCACCCACAAGCUGAUGACAUGUUGCUUCUGCUGGGGGAGAGUCGUCCAGACGUGUCACCAGAUCAAAGCCCAGUGAGCCCGGGUGACACCGUGCACUCUCCACUGCUGGGCUCCAACAUGGAAGAGGACGGUGCGAUGGCUGUGGCUGACGUCCUCCCUGGUGAAGGAACAUAUCAAUACUUCAACAGAGCUCCAGGCUCCAGCGCUCUCGCCGCGCAGCAGACAACCCAGUGCCACUCGUCCUGCAGCUUCUUUCCUCCAACCUAUUCUGAGCUCUUCAGCGCCCCUCAGUGGUCUAACUACAGCUGCAGAGAUCAGUGCUACAUCCAUCCAAACAGCCCGAGCAGCUACCUUCAGCUUCCAAAGCCAAACUUCCACCAGGGGCAGAACCCAGCAUUGUCUGCCGGUUACGCCGAGAAUCCUCCCUUUCCAGCAAAUCUGCAGCGACUGCUGAACAUGGCCGACACCUCUGCCUACAGUGACCUUACCAAUGGCAUAUUCGAACACCCACCUCAACACGCAUUCUGCCUUCCUGACCUGGACCCCCUCGACAUGACUGAGGUCUUUGUUGAUGACGACUGGCUCAAUGACGUCGCAGGCUUGGAGGCUCUUCACACUCCGCUACUUCCAAGUCUCUUGUGAGGUAUGACACAUGAGAUAUUACAGCUAUUAAUCGAGAGUAUCCUGAGCAAGUUUCCUUGUGUCAUCUACAUUUACUCUGUAUUUUUGUUGCUGUAAAUUGUAGCGUGUUGCCGAGUUCCAAGUUGUUUUGUAUCCAUGUGCAGCUCUUAUUCAGUCUUCUGUUCAGUGUGAGUCAUGAAAACUCACACUGUGAAGUGAAUACUGAGGACUUUGCAUAUUUUGCCACAAGGGGAAGCCCUUCGCCUGCGCCCUUUUUUGGUGUGUCACACUGCUUUCAUGUGUUAUUCGGAAAAGCCUCAUACAUUUAUCAUAAAACGUUAUUGUUUUGUGAUUUAAUGUAGUCACUGUCAGAAAACGAAUAAAGCAUAUUUUUGCCAAACUGUCUUGUUUCUUUCCAGAUUAAAU